GCUACGCUGACAAACUUCAACAAAAUUGAAAUAUGAACCAUUCAUUCCUUUCUUACCGAUAAAGAUAAAGACUACUAAUUAUAACACUUAGAAAUAUAUAGAAAUGAUUCACUGAUAAAUCAUACUCUGCUGCAAUUGCAAAGUUAAAGAAACUUAGCAAACUCAAGUGCUAUACAUAGUGAAUCAAUUACCAUGGAGUUGCUGAGUUUUGUCCGUUAUCUAGAUACGACUAUAGUAGGAUUAUUCAUUGCCGUAGUUGGGUUUUCCUUGUUAGUACUAAUCCAGCAAAGGAAUAAUAAUUCAAGAAUCAACAUAAAUAAACCACCGGAAGCCGGCGGUGGAUGGCCAUUGAUAGGCCAUAUUCUUCAUCUUCAAAGAGGAUCACAGCUUCCCCACAUAACUCUGGCCAAUUGGGCUGACAAAUAUGGACCCGUUUUCACCAUCCGUAUCGGACUUCAUCCAGCUCUUGUAAUAAGUAGCAGGGACAUAGCUAAGGAGUGUUUCACCACAAACGAUGUUGUUUUUUCCACUCGUCCUAAACUAAUCAGGUCCGAAAUCUUGGGAUGGAACUACGCUAGUUUCGGCUUCGCACCUUACGGGCCUUAUUGGCGCAAACUACGCAAGAUAGCAACCUCGGAGUUACUCUCCAAUACCAAGUUGGAACAACUCAGACAUGUUCGAGAAUCAGAAGUGCAGAGCUUCUUGGAAGACAUUUACAACAAGUGCAGAGCUAAUAACGAUGGACUUGUGUCAGUUGAGAUGAAGAAGUUGAUAGCAGACAUAAAUCUGAACGUGAGUCUUCGAAUGGUGGCUGGGAAACGGUAUUUUGGUGGUGACUCGAGAGAGAAGAAAGAGGCUGAGCGAUGCCAGAAAGCUAUGAGAGAAUUUUUCCGUUUGACUGGACUUUUUUUAGUGGGAGAUGCUAUUCCUUUUCUUAGGUGGUUCGACUUUGGUGGACAUGAGAAAGCUAUGAAGGAAACGCUCAAGGAAUUGGAUAGUCUUGCUGAGGAAUGGUUAGAAGAACAUCAUCAACGAACUAGUACUCUUGACACAGAUUUCAUUGAUGUCUUGACACCGAUACUCCAAUCAUCUUCUGAUCUUGCUGGUCAUGAUGCUUUUACUGUUAACAAAGCUACAGUCAUGAAUCUUAUUUCUGGGGCAACUGAUACAACUACAGUAACGAUAGUUUGGGCUCUGUCGCUAGUUUUAAACCACAGUAGCGUGUUGAAGAAGAUUCAGGAAGAGCUGGACCUUCAUGUUGGUAAGGAAAGAUUAGUUAAUGAAUGUGAUAUAGGAAGUUUGGUGUAUCUUCAAGCCGUGGUGAAAGAGACACUAAGGUUAUACCCUGCUGCACCACUCUCUGGGCCUAGAGAAUCCACCCAAGACUGCACCGUAGGUGGCUAUCAUAUUCCGAAAGGCACACGCCUAAUUACCAACGUUUGGAAGAUCCAAGUGGACCCUUUAAUAUGGUCAGACCCAAUGGAUUUCAAACCAGAGAGAUUCUUGACGGAAGCACACAAGGAUGUGGAUGUGAAAGGAAAGCAUUACGAGCUUAUCCCUUUUGGGUGUGGUCGAAGGUCUUGUCCUGGGAUAAGUUAUGGCCUUCAAAUGACUCACUUGGUGUUAGCUUCGUUUCUUCAAGCUUUUGAGGUCUCCUCCUCUACCUAUACGGAUGAGGCAGUGCUGGACUUGACACCCACUUUUGGUUUAACAAAUGCAAAAGCAACUCCCCUUCAGAUUCUACUCAAACCUCGAUUGUCUCAUCCUUCUCUCUACCACUCAUCAUCCAUAUGAUCACAUAUAUAUUACUUUACAAUUAUAUCUACAGGGAAUAAUUAAGCUCUUUAGCUUUCAGUUCGUUUGAUAAUUAGGACUUCUUUUUGAGUUUUUUACUCUUUCUGUUUUCAUAAACGAAUAAUCUCUGUUCUCAUCUGUGUUACCAUCAACACCCUUUUUCUCCAUGUUUUCAUAAGAGCAUUUUUCUUGAAUAAAUAUAGCUAAAACUAUGAAAAUACUUUUAAUUCUA